CCCAAAAAUGUCUCGAAGCCGUUCCGCAGCUGCCAGCUCCUCUCAAAAGCCGGACGAUAUGGACCUAAUGUCGCCGGACGGCUCGGCGAGCUCCCCAUCGGCCCCAAACACGCCAGCGACGAAUUCCGGCGGAUUUAGCUCGGAUAGAAAGAAGGCGACGCACUUGAGGUGUGAACGGCAGCGAAGAGAAGCUAUAAAUAGCGGAUACAGUGAUUUAAAGGAUUUAAUUCCUCAGACAACGACUUCGCUGGGAUGUAAAACUACAAACGCCGCGAUUUUAUUCAGAGCCUGCGACUUCAUGUCCCAACUGAAAACCGACAUCUCCGACGCCGACAAGCAACUGGCCCAGCUCAACGCACAAGCGGCCGCACUGGAAAUGAUUGCCUCAGAGUACGAGCAGAUGGCUUCUUCGGUUCCUGACGCCGGCCAGUCCACGAUUCAAGUCAAAAUGCUCCAACUUCUCCUCGACGACUGCUUCACCUCGUUCUCCUCCCAAGUGGACUUCACCACGUACGCAACGAUCACCAGAACGCUCCUGUCGUGGGUGGAGAGCCUGGCGCCAAAUGCGGAGCCAUUCAAGUCGACAGCCGGAAAAAUGGUCACAAUGCCCUUCACUUCGCCAUAGUAUUGAGAAGAAUUUCCAGAUUUUUAAUCAACAAAUGUAUUAUUCAACGCGUAAAAAUGAAAUUUAACAACAA